AUGGAGACCGUGGAUCAUCUGUUAUGUGGGUGUGUUGUGGCUUCUUCCGUUUGGUCUCAAGUUAGUAACUGGUGCAAGGUGAGUCCGUUGAUUUUGUUUUCAGUCAAAGACGUUGCUGAGUCGGCUGAGUAUAGUAAUCUGGGAAGCAAGGCUAAAGAGGCCUUCCAUGGUAUUACGUAUGUGACCGCUUGGUGCAUCUGGAAGGUGAGGAAUGAUAAACGGUUCUCAAAUGUUGAAGUUAAAGUGGAAGAGAUAGUGCAGAGUAUAAAAUCUCUUGGUUAUUUAUGGUAUAGAAAUCAGUCUAAAGAUAGCUUUCAUAAACAUCCAUUAUCGAUAUUCGCUUAUCCAUAUCCGCCAUCCACCGUGACGGUGACGGUGGUGGUGGUGGUGAUAGUGGUCGGCAUGGUGUCGAUGGUGGUGGUGGCGUUGCUCGAUAGAGACAUUUAA